AUGAGUCCUACCAAUGAUACAACCAAUGAGGGAAGAAUAGCCUCACUUCUCUUUCGAACAAUCGCAAUCAAAGUUUGGGAAGCUGAAGAAUUGGAUUUGACAUCAGUGACAGCCAUUCAAAUCAGUCCAGAAUCCAAAAUUGGGAAGUUGCUCAUGGAUGUUCGCAUUAUAUUCCAGAAAAAUCAAGAAACGAUUCCCAUUAUCGGGAAUAAGGCGCUCAACAUUGUACUGACAAGCAUGGCAAACGUGAUGGCUCCAUACAUCAAUAACGCGAACAAAGAAGUUGCAUUGUCCAUUUAUGAUACGUUGUUGAAAGAAAGAAAAUAA